AUGUUGUCGAAUAUAAGACGUUCAAGGCUUGCCUUGAAGGCCGUCAGGUCUCUCUCCACAAGCGUCCCAGCUCGCUCCACAGCUCGUUCGUUAGCCACAGCGGUUCCGACUCCUCCAGAAGUGGCGGUUGCUCCUGAAGGUUCUCUGAUAUCGUUGAAGCUGGCAACGAGAGAUGAUUCCAAAUUCGGUACAAGACCCAUUUAUUUGGACGUGCAAGCUACGACUCCAACGGAUCCUCGUGUGUUGGACAAGAUGUUACAGUUUUACACGGGUUUAUACGGAAAUCCUCAUUCUUCUACCCACGCUUACGGAUGGGAGACUGAGAAGGAGGUGGAAAAAGCCCGUAGCCAUGUUGCUGAGUUGAUAAACGCUGAUCCAAAGGAAAUCAUAUUCACGUCUGGUGCGACCGAGUCGAACAACAUGUGCAUCAAAGGUGUGCCUAGAUUCUACAAGAAGACAAAGAAACACAUCAUCACAACACAGACAGAGCACAAGUGUGUUUUGGACUCAGCAAGACAUAUGCAAGACGAGGGUUUCGAAGUGACCUAUUUGCCAGUUAACAACGAAGGGUUAAUCAACUUGGAGGAUUUGAAGAAGGCUAUCAGAAAGGACACUGCCCUUGUGUCCGUGAUGGCUGUUAAUAACGAAAUCGGUGUGAUCCAGCCGCUUAAGGAAAUUGGUAAAAUUUGCAGAGAGAACAAGGUGUUUUUCCAUACCGAUGCAGUCCAGGCGUACGGAAAGAUUCCAAUUGAUGUCAACGAGAUGAACAUCGACAUGUUGUCCAUUUCUUCUCAUAAGAUUUACGGGCCCAAGGGCAUUGGCGCGUGCUACGUGAGAAGACGUCCAAGAGUGAGAUUGGAUCCGAUCAUCACUGGUGGUGGUCAGGAGAGAGGAUUGAGAUCAGGUACAUUGGCGCCACCUUUGGUGUGUGGUUUCGGUGAGGCUGCCAGACUUAUGAAAAAGGAUAUGGCUUACGACCAGGCCUACAUCAAGAGACUCUCGGAGAAGUUGAAGAAGGGCUUGUUGUCCAUCCCAGAGACCCAAUUCAACGGAGUCUUGUCUGACCCAAGCAAGCAGUAUGCUGGCUGUGUGAAUGUUUCUUUUGCAUACAUUGAAGGUGAGUCAUUGCUCAUGGCUUUGAAAGACAUUGCUCUUUCGUCAGGUUCUGCUUGUACAUCUGCAUCUUUGGAACCCUCAUACGUGUUGCAUGCUUUGGGUGCUGACGAUGCCUUGGCCCACUCUUCCAUCAGAUUUGGUAUUGGCCGUUUCACCACUGAGGCAGAAAUUGACUACGUUGUGCGUGCCAUCAACGAAAGAGUUGACUUCUUGAGAAAGAUGUCUCCAUUGUGGGAGAUGGUGCAAGAAGGUAUUGACUUGAACACCAUUGAGUGGAGUGGCCAUUAA